AUGGUUAGACUAGCGCUUCUCACUGGACUUCUAACCUUGACAUACUUCGACCAAACAGCUGCUGAAGAUGUCGGCACGAACUUCGAUACCAAGAACACACAAGCCUUUGAGCACGAAUUUGGAUCUUUUCCAUACAAAACCUUUCAAUCCUCCGACUUGAUGUCGCCAAUUCUACGUCGACCAAACGAUUCGCCAGUAUGUCAUGAUGAUAAUUACAUCUUCUUGUCACCGAGAGGAUAUCAGGUACCGCAUCCAGCAGUUGCGAUUAUGGAUAAUGAUGGUGAAUUGGUCUGGGAGCAUUAUGUCGAGGGUCAAGGGUACAACCUUAAAGUCCAAGAGUAUCAAGGCGAGCAGGUACUCACGUUUUGGGUUGGGGAUGAUGGAAUAGGUGGACAUGGUGAGGGCGACUAUUUUAUGUACAACUUCAGAUACGAGGAGAUUGCAAAGAUCUCAGCUCUGAACGGAUUACACGCAGAUUUACACGAACUGACCAUCACGCCUCAAGGAACUGGUAUCAUGACCAUCUACGAGAUCUAUCCAAUCACUUUACCCGGCUUUGUGGACGACACAGACGUGAUUUGGGUCUGGGACUGCCUCUUCCAAGAGAUCGACAUAGCGACGAACGAACUAGUCUUUCAAUGGCGUGCAUCCGAACAUCACAGCUUAGAAGAAACGUAUCGUGGUAUUCGCGAUGAAGGAAGGGAGCCUACUCGUCCCUGGGAUUGGUAUCACAUGAACAGUAUCCAGAAAGACGGACUUGGCAAUUAUCUGGUCUCUGCGAGGUAUACGCAUACUAUCACUUACAUCGAUGGCAGGACUGGCGAAAUCAUCUGGAUCCUGGGCGGCAAGCGGAACGCAUUUGAGGAUUUGAGCAAGGGGCAGAGCAAAGCUACAAAUAUCGCUUACCAACAUUUUGCUCGUUUCCACAACUUGACCGAGUUUCCGGUCUUGUUGGCUGAAGAGAUCAAGUUGCAUCCGACGAAGGAUGUAAAUGGUGUGACCAAAAUGCUGGUCUCUGCCUUCGACAACGGCGCAGAUAACGAGGGUACUGGACAUCGACCCUCCAGAGGCGUCCUUAUCGAGAUCACAUACCCUACUGCAGGUCCAUCUUCAGUCUCGGGCGCAUACACCGCAAAACUCAUCCGAGAGUACAUCCACCCAGCCCAGUUCAUCUCCUCAAGUCAGGGAAGUAUGCAAGUCAUCCCAUCAGACGCCGACUCUGAUCCGCGAGUCUUGCUAGGCUAUGGCUACGUAGGUGUUUGGACAGAAUUUACUGCCGAUGGAGAAGUUCUCUGCGAUAAUCGCUUCUCGACGAUGUCUUCUUGGGGCAAGGGAGACGUGCAAUCCUACCGCGUGCUCAAAGCUCCCUGGAAAGGCGAGCCCAGCUGGCCACCUACACUUGCAUUUGGGAACGACAAACAAUCUUCAAUCUUUGUGAGCUGGAAUGGGGCUACAGAAGUGCAAGCGUGGAGACUGCAGCAAGCUAAUGAAAGCACCUGUCCGGACGAAGACUGGGAAGAUGUUUCUAUGACACAGAAGAAAGGAUUCGAGACCGAACUUGACCUUAAAGAUGGCGAUAUGCGCUUCUUUCGUGUUGUUGCACUGGAUGCAGAUGGUGAGGUACUUGGUGUCACUAACAUGCUUGAUCUUGGGUGGGAAGUGGGUGUCAAUGGAGUCUUUGAUGGAUUGGAGAUACGUGCGAGCGAUCCAGUACAGUUGGCUAUGGUCUCUGUUGCAGCCCUUGCACUUUUCGUUAUUGGUUAUGAGGGAUUUCGACAAUUCAAGAGUUGGAGAGAGACGAAGCGCUUGGGAUAUAAGCAGGUAGAAUCACACAGUGAGGUCUGA